GAUAUGAUCGAGGCGUUAGAGAGGCUCUGAGACAAGCGCUUGGCUGUGCCGAGCAAUGGACGGCUGUGGACUGCAGCUGCAAAACACCAUGAUGCUGGAGCAACUCAGCAGGAUCAGUGUAAUUCUGAAUCACGCUGUUCUACGUGAACUUUUAAGCAGAGACAGAAUGAAAGCGUGAGGAUGAAGUAAACAACAACACAGAUUUAAGGGUGAAAAGCCGAUGGUCGCGCCGACCUGCCGGCGGAGUGGAGAGUGGGCGGACCCGGACCCGGAAUCAGGGGCGCAGUUCGCAGGCGGAGCGGUGCGCGCCGGACCCGCGGCCCCACUUCCGGGCACCAUGUUCUCGGGGCUGCAGGAACUCGGGAUCGCGAGCGGCGACGAUCUGAAGGAAACUUUAACCAACUGCACGGAGCCGCUGAAGGCCAUCGACCAGUUCCAGAUUGAAAAUGGAAUCUUACUGCCAUCUCUGCAGUCUGCUUUACCUUUCUUGGACCUGCACAGCAUUCCCAGGCUGGAAUUUCAUCAGUCUGUAUUUGAUGAGCUACGAGAAAAACUGCUGGAUAAAGUUGCCACCAUAGCAUCAGAAGGAAAAGAUGGAGACAGGUACAACAAGCUAGAAGAUCUGCUGGGGAAAUGUUUUCCAUUGGUUAAAGUACCUUCGAUACAACCUGUUGUAAUGUGUGUGAUGAAGCACUUGCCUAAGGUGCCAGAAGAAAAGCUGAAACUGGUGAUGGCAGAUAAGGAACUCUACAAAAUUUGUGCCACAGAGGUUAAACGUCAGAUCUGGCAGGAUAACCAGGCGUUGUUUGGAGAUGAAGUCUCCCCAUUGUUGAAACAGUACAUCAUUGAGAAAGAAAAUGCUCUCUUCAGCAGCGAACUGUCGGUCUUGCAUAACUUUUUCUCGGCAUCCCCCAAAACAAGACGCCAGGGAGAGGUGGUUCAGAAAUUAACCAAUAUGAUUGGGAAAAACGUGAAGUUGUAUGACAUGGUGCUCCAGUUCCUACGAACUCUGUUCCUGCGAACAAGGAAUGUCCAUUAUUGUACUCUGCGGGCAGAACUCUUGAUGUCUUUGCAUGAUCUCGAUAUCAGUGAAAUAUGCUCUGUGGAUCCUUGCCACAAGUUUACCUGGUGCCUUGAUGCUUGUAUUAGAGAGAGAUUUGUUGAUGCAAAGAGAGCUCGAGAAUUACAGGGAUUUUUAGAUGGAGUAAAGAAGGGACAGGAACAGGUAUUAGGUGACCUCUCAAUGAUCCUUUGCGACCCCUUUGCAAUAAAUACUUUGGCUCUGAGUACUGUGAAAAACCUACAGGAGUUGGUCAGCCAGGAUGCAUUACCCAGAGACAGUCCAGACCUCCUCCUCUUGCUGCGUAUGCUCUCGCUGGGACAAGGUGCCUGGGACAUGAUUGACAGUCAGGUGUUCAAGGAACCAAAGAUGGAGAUAGAACUCAUCACCAAAUUCUUACCAAACCUAAUGGCAUUUGUGGUAGAUGAUCACAGUUUCAAUGUGGAUCAAAAACUGCCAACUGAGGAGAAAGCUUCAAACUUGUACCCCACGAGUCUUCCGGAAUCCUUUAUUAAGUUCAUUCUGGAGAAUCGUGUAGCUUGUGAAAUCGCAUUAUACUAUGUACUGCACAUCACGAAACAGAGGAAUAAGAAUGCCAUUCUCCGGUUACUGCCUUCAUUGG